UCAUGGGCACGGCCCGGGACGGUUCAGUGUAUCUUUGCCUGCCUACAUCAAUCUGCAAGGGAGUUGCAGAAAAGCCUCAUGUUCAUCGAGCCGUGAGUCACAACCAAUUUCUAAGCUGUUAUAACAAAAAAGUGUUUGCUUUUUUUCCCACAAGUAUCUUUAAAAGUGUAGUUUAGAAAGAGAGCAUUUUCCAUACGAAGACACUACAUUAAUCCUGGAUGCUUGCAAAUCCUAAGAUAGAGUCCUCCUCUAGUAUUACACAGCUCUGUGUCCUAUACACAGAUUAGCUUUAAAAUUUGUCACGUUCCACUUUGCCUUUACUUUUAUGUAUCAUUCCCCUGACUUCCUUACUGCAGGUUGGGCAAGAAAACUUUUCCUUUAAAACUUUUCAACAGCGGGCAUAAAAUUCUGCAGCUGAGGUCUUGAAGAAUGCAGAUGGGAGAUGAAACCAGACAGAGGGUGAAGUUUACAGAUGACCGAGUCUGCAAGAGUCACCUUCUGGACUGCUGCCCUCAUGACAUCCUGGCUGGGACGCGCAUGGAUUUAGGAGAAUGUACCAAAAUCCACGACUUGGCCCUCCGAGCAGAUUAUGAAAUCGCAAGUAAAGAAAGGGACCUGUUUUUUGAAUUGGAUGCAAUGGAUCACUUGGAGUCCUUUAUCGCUGAGUGUGAUCGGAGAACUGAACUUGCCAAGAAGCGGCUGGCAGAGACACAGGAGGAGAUCAGUGCAGAAGUUUCUGCAAAGGCAGAAAAAGUACAUGAGUUGAAUGAAGAAAUAGGAAAACUUCUUGCUAAAGCUGAGCAGCUGGGAGCAGAAGGAAAUGUGGAUGAAUCCCAGAAAAUUCUUAUGGAAGUGGAGAAAGUCCGUGCAAAGAAAAAAGAAGCUGAGGAAGAAUACAGAAAUUCUAUGCCUGCAUCCAGUUUUCAACAGCAGAAGUUGCGUGUCUGUGAAGUCUGCUCAGCCUACCUUGGUCUCCAUGAUAAUGACCGUCGUCUCGCAGACCACUUUGGGGGCAAAUUGCACUUGGGGUUCAUUCAGAUCCGAGAGAAGCUUGAUCAGUUGAGGAAAACUGUGGCUGAAAAACAGGAGAAGAGAAACCAGGAUCGCUUGAGGAGGAGAGAAGAGAGGGAACGGGAGGAGCGGCUGAGCAGGAGGUCUGGAUCAAGAACCAGAGAUCGCAGGAGGUCACGUUCCCGGGACCGGCGUCGGAGGCGGUCAAGAUCUACUUCCAGAGAACGACGAAAGCCUUCCCGGUCCCGGUCCCGAGACAGACACCGGCGUCACCGCAGUCGUUCCCGGAGUCACAGCCGGGGCCACCGCCGCACUUCCAGGGACCGGAGUGCGAAAUACAAGUUCUCCAGGGAGCGGGCGUCGAGGGAGGAGUCCUGGGAGCGAGGUCGGAGCGAGCGUGGGGCCACCGACUGGAGGCUUGAAAGCUCCAACGGGAAGACAUCGGAGGAGAAGGAGGCUGGAGAGAUCUGAACCUAUACCUGGGCGCUGUAAAUAGCCUGAUAAAUGUUGGACACAGCCUGAAGUUACCCUUUAUAUUUGCUGAAUACAACUCAUCUUUUGUAGUUUAAAAUUUCUAUUGUUUUGGAGCUAGCUGUGAGUUUCUAGAGUUGUACAGAAUUACUCCUGUGUUCUGCGGUUAUGUUGAGUAGGAAUAAAUAAAUCUGACUGACUGCCUCCUGAAUGCUGCAA